ACAACAAAAGAAAAAAAAUCCUUAUAUAUUUUUUGCCUUUUCCAGAAACAGUUGAAGGGACCCACACUAACCGUUGGUAUUUUUCCAAUUUCUCAAUUCUCCUAUGAAUGCAUGAAGCAAAAGAUCUUCGACUUUUAAUUUGAUUCAAAUCCUAAGCCUAAGUCCAAUUCAAAUUCUACAUUAUUAUUAUACAUAAUUCCCUACAUAAUUUCAAAUUCACAAAAAAUUGGCAUUGGCAUCUUGAUCAUUUCAUAUAUACUGACUAGGAUCUUGUUUUAUUUGUAUCUUUUUUCGAGACAAAUUUUGAUUAACACACUAAUUGUCAAUCAUAUGUUAAAAAUUCUGGAUAUUUGGAAGAGAGGCUGAUACAAAUUUUGGGUUAAGGGGAAAUUUUUCGAGUUAUAAUGUCGAAUUUGUAUGGAGAUUAUAAUCAAAAGAUUGAUUAUGUUUUCAAGAUUGUUUUAAUUGGAGAUUCUGCAGUUGGAAAAUCUCAAUUACUGGCAAGAUUUGCAAGGAAUGAAUUCAACUUAGAUUCAAAGGCUACAAUUGGGGUUGAAUUUCAAACAAAAACUCUUCAAGUAGAUAACAAAACCGUAAAGGCACAGAUUUGGGACACUGCAGGACAAGAAAGGUACAGAGCAGUAACAAGUGCAUAUUAUCGAGGUGCAGUUGGUGCGAUGCUAGUCUUCGACUUAACAAAACGCCAAUCAUUCGAUCAUAUGGCGAGAUGGCUGGAGGAACUAAGAGGUCAUGCAGACAAGAACAUAGUUAUAAUGCUCAUCGCGAACAAAUGUGAUUUAGGAACUCUUCGAGCUGUACCAGUCGAAGAUGCUCAAGAAUUCGCAGAAAGGGAGAAUCUUUUCUUUAUGGAAACAUCAGCUCUUCAAUCCACAAACGUCGAGAGUGCAUUUAUGACAAUUUUGACAGAAAUUUAUAAAAUCAUUAGCAAGAAUACGCUCACUGCAAAUCCAGGAGCGGAUUACGGGAAGUCACAAUCUCUAAAGGGAACCAAGAUCAUUGUUCCUGGCCAAGAUUUGGAUUCUGGUGGGAAUAGUGGUGGAUGCUGCAGGUCGUCGUGAUUUUCUAUUGAAUUCUGGGGGUCUAUUUAUAUAUCCAAAAUCCUAAUAUCACUGGAGAUGAUUUAAAUUUUAUGUAGAAUAGGGAAUUGUUAUCGAGGAUGAAGUUGAGUAGAUAGUUUGUUUAGCUGUGUGUGUAUACUGUUCAUUAAGUUUCUAGGCGGAGCUACAAGCCUGUCUACGGGUUCUGCCCUGUAUUUGUGUUUAAAAAUUAACUUAAUAAUGCAUAAAUAUUUUAUCCAGAACUCAAUAAGUUGGCU